AGUCACGUGUCGUCUGCCUGGAAACACGUGCCGUGGAAGAGCCCGCCGGCCGCACGCAGCGCACUGCAGACGGUCUUACUUCUCAUGGAUCCAAUGACCCUUAGGCCUUAUGCACGGAUACGAAAUAUUUUCCCACGAUAGAUAUCAAUCAGCCUUUUUACGCACAACAUCUCGAUCUCUAGCCUCCAAAAACAGCCUCCGCCGUGACCCUGUCUCCAAUCGAGUGAAAAGCCGCCCUGCGCACUCCCCUGCCCCGGCUGGCGGCGGUCCGCGGGCGGCCAUGCUGGGUGACGUCACUGUAGCCAGUUGGCCGCGAGUCGUUGCAGAGAGAGGUUGUGCGUGAAUUGUGUGCUCUGCUUGUACGGAAAGGAGCCCCGACACUGCCUCAAAAUGUGCAAGUUUAACCUGACAGACGCCAUUAGCACCAGCAUCGAUCCGCUGGCAGGAUGGGUCGAUCAGAAGAUGCCUCCCCAGGCCUGGGACUUCCCGAUGGUGUCGCCACCUAUGUUGGAUGAUGUGCUGCCCUCUUUCGAGCCGCUGCCGCCGCCGCCGCCGCCGCCUCUGCCGCCGUACCAGCCGCUGGAGGCGCCCUGUGAGGAUGGCCUCAUCCCGGAUGACCUCCAGGACCUGUUCCUGGGUCCCUCGGAGCCGGUGCCGUCCCUGCCGACGUGCGAGGCCAACUGUCUGCUGGACGAGCUGCUGUCCGCCCCGCCCAGCCCCCCGAUGUUCGACACUCUCACUCCGCCUCCGCCACUCUCUCCUCCCGAGGGGAGUCUGUGCACGAGCACGGCUGGAGGAAGUGUGGCCUCCAGCGCCGGGGGGAGCCCGGUGGGCUGUCUGGCCCCGGAGCCGCUCGUGGAGCUGAUGCCACCGCCGGCUAUGUCGCCCGACCCGCUCAUGCCGCAACAGAUGUCUCUGGACCACUGGGUGCCAACGCUGUCGCCGCCCCUGCCGGAGCCGCUGUCGCCUCCCAGUGGCUGCGACGAGUCACGUGGUCUGAUGGCGACGCCUCCUGAUUGGUCGCCGCCGACGCUGGCCCCGCCCGCCAAACGUCGCCAGGCUCGACCCCGACCCUACGACAAGCAGGCCCGCCGCCAGAUCACUGAGGAGGAAAGGCGGCAGCGCAAGAAGGAACAGAACAAGUCGGCCGCUACCCGCUAUCGCCAGAAGAAGAAGGAGGAGCAGGAACUGAUCAGCACGGACCAGGAGCAGCUGGAGGCGCACAACGCUCAGCUGAAGGAGCGAGUGAACACACUGACCAGGGAGCUCUCCUACCUGAAGCACCUCAUGAAGGAGGUCAUCAAGUUCAAGCGCUCCAUGUAGUGGACCAGCCAGGUCCGCGGCGCCACACCAGACACGUACCGGACUCGCGGCAACACGUGCUACCGGCACGUGCGGUCUACGUGUGGUCGGUAGGAGCGAUCCUGUGUGAUGCUUAGAACUCCAUAUGGGCUGGCUUCCUGCUAGGGGAAGCCACGCAUUCAGUGUGGAGUGGGGAAACCGCCUGGCGGCGGGGAAUGCCAUCUAGCGGCCGUAGAAGGAACUGCUAUUUGUGAUAUCUGGCCGGGAGAGGCGCUGGUGGACUUCAGUACAAAGUGAUCUGGUGUGCUGAGGGGCCGGUGCGGGCGGUGACAGGGAGCUGGACGGUGGGCCGGCCGCCUCCCCUGCGCUCCGGCGCUAGUGGAGGACGGUGAAGCGUCUCUCGGAGACGGGAUUGGCGCGGGCCGCUCGCCGGGGGCGCAGUGAGGUGUCGACGUAACACGCCGUGUAGUGUAUCGCCCGAGUGCCGCGGCACUCCCUAGAGUACUCGGUCCCCGCGCGGGGCAUGCUCGUAAAUUCGUGGACGUGUUUGUAUGAUAGGUGUUUAAGUAGGUAAGCGCGCCCUGUGCAGAAAUUUUGUGUACAGCUGUGCAAUGGUUGGCCUGGGAGAAUCCCAGAGCUCGGUUUGUGAACAUCUAUACCACAUCGCUGGCAUGACAGUGGAAGCAUUAUCUUGGACGAAGGUUACCGCGCGGGUGCGCAGGGACUCGCGUGUAGAUUACGGCUUCUUAGCUGACGUGAUGCCCACAGAGGCGAACGCGUGUAAAUAGCGCAGGUUUCGAACAGCCGGCAGGACCGGCGAGUGUGGCUGCGUGUACGAUUGUGAGACUGUGUGUGUAUAUUUGUAAUAGUGUUUUAUUUCGUUCUGUGUGGCCAUGGCCGGUGCGAGCGGACGGUCGCGGCUCCCGGCCCGGUGCCGAUUCGGCUGUUUCUGCUCCGACUGCGGCUUAGGGCGCCAGAGAUCCGGCUUUGGAGGUGCCCGAGCUGCCAGCGCGCGUUAUCCAUACGGUGGAUUAAAGAUGUAUAUUUUGAGUGCAUGCCGCGCGACCGUGGCGCCCCUGGCGGCCGCGGUGGAAGCUGAAGGGUGUCCCGGCUGUGUGUCGUCGCUAUUUUUGGCAGUUGAAAACACGGUGCGGUGACGGAAA